AUGGCACAGCUAAAGUCAUCCACCUCGAACGAGGCGAAAAGCGACACCUAUUCCAAGCUCAACUUCGAGCCGGACGAUGAGGAGGUGGCGAUGAUAUUCGGGUUCGAGGAAAACGAUGCCCGCCAGAAGCUGCACAACUUUCCGAAAUGUUCGCGCUUGGUAAUCAGUCCCGACCUGCAGGCUGAGCUCGGCAUGGAGAUCGGCACCACCGUUAGCGUGGAGCACCCGUGGAAGGAGAUCAAGAAGGAGAUGCUGGAGGAUCACCUACCCGGCAAGACGAAGGUCCAGCGGCAGCUGAAGGACAAGCUGAAGGACAUGGAACCUGGGAAGCUCAUCCUGGUGGGUUAUCUGCCCGACCAGAGCACCGAGGAGGAGGACCUGUUCGCCGUCUUUACCGACAAUCGUGAAACGCGGGAGGCCCGUGAGCUGAUCCGUCGCUUGGAGCUGGUGGAGCGUCUGUCCGCGGCAGCAGCAAUGCGGAAAAAGCCACGUCGAUGGCAGACACGUGGCAGUGAGCAGGAUGUGGAAAACUUCAUACCCCAGAAGCGCACGAACGUGGUGAACGUGGAGUCGCAAAGCAUCUACCCGGCGCAGCGUGUCGGCUCGUACCGGUUUCAGCUGCGUAUGGUUGGGGACGCACGCGAUGGUUACGUGGAGCUGGUGCCGAAAACCGUCUUCCACAACAUAGUGCGCAAGUCGAUCGACUUCGGUGUGCAGCUACGCCCACAGAAGGUGCACAAGUUCCAGCAGACCGACCCCACGUUUCCCACCAAUGCCUGGUCGCAGUAUCUGUACGAAAUCGGUAGCGAGCCGAAAAUGACUACGGUGACUUCGACGACGACAACGAUGGUGGGUCAUAGCGGGGCCGGUAGUCAGCCAGUCUCUCCCAGCGAUCAUGUGGAGCAACUGCUGCACACGCUAGAAUUCAACCAGAUCGAUAUGUACCGGAACGAUUAUCCGAUAAUUUCGCGCCACAAGUCAAUCACCAAGUACGAGACGCCGCUGGUGGAGGAAACGAUGUGCUUCAUGGAUCGGUCCACCUGCGCCAACAGACAUGUGUCCGCCAUCGAGUGGCAUCCUCUGCUGACGGGCACGUUCGUGGCCGCCUACGUUCACCACAUUCCAAGCGUACUGAUGACGGUACCGAGAACUGGAACUGCAACCAGCGGACCGGAGGGCAUGCGGACGGUACCCUCAGGUGCAACCGUGGCUGCCGGCAGUAGGGAAGAUGCGGUGAAUCGACUCGUUUUCGAGAAGUGUCCCGUGCUGGCGUGGAACUGCGAAGAAUCGCUUGUACCGAAGCUGUGGCUAGACUCACCACGCGAGGUCACUGCACUGUCCUUCUGUCCCUACGACGGGCGAUUGCUUGUCGGAGGUCUGUCAAGUGGUCAGCUCGCCAUCUGGGAGUUGACGGAUGGACAGCUAGAGCACACCGGACCUCGAACGGUUGGCCGCGAAGCGAAACAUCACGGACAACAUCCAACGCCGGAAGCAUAUCGUAGCGAGAUCAAGCUGCUGCUCGGUAAUGCCACCCCAACGAACCGUCUUGCCCGUGGCCAUGCGGCCAAUUCCAGCGGACAGAGCGGUACACUGACAGACGGUUCCGGUGCGCCAGAAACACCGUGGCACGUGCGUCCGGCCGUCAUCAGCGCCCUCGACCGGUCGGCACGCAAACCGAUCACCGUGAUCCGCUGGUUGCCACAGAACUACCACUGCGUCACCACCGGGCAGCUGCGCGUCAACAGUGCCGAGGACCGACCAGGCCGAUUCCUUCUGACGGCCGCCCUGGACGGUACCGUCUCGAUCUGGAACCUCGACCAGUCCGUCCCAGCGACGCUGUCGGCCCACGCGCAGGAGAAGGAUAAGGGCGCCGGUGAGGUGGAUACCGUCGGCGAACCACCGACCGGCAGUGGACUGGCCCGACUGAACCACCUGCUCCAUCCGACGUUUCGCGUCCGGUGUGAGGUGCCGCUCGUGACGCUCGCACUCGACGAACAGCCGAUAGCGUUACGGGGCGGUGGACCGUCGGGCGCAUUCCAGCUGCCGCCAGUCAUCUGCCAGCAGGCGUUCAUCGCCGGCACCCUACUCGGUGGGCUGUUCUGGGGCAAAUGGGACGGGUACGAGUUCGAUCAGGGUGCAAUCGUGAAUGAGGAGCCGAUGCGCGACCGGGACACCUUUGCGGCGGUCCACAACGGGCCACUGGUGGCGAUCGCACGCAACACCUUCGUACCGGACAUACUGCUAACGGCCGGCGGUACCGUGCUAGCCCUCUGGACGGCCGAAUGUCGCCAGUCGCCCAUCUUCUGGCGUCUGAAGCCGGUGUCCGUGACCGCCUGCGUGUGGAGUCUCGAUCGACCGUCGGUGUUCUAUGUCGGACUGGCGAACGGUGACCUGGAGAUAUGGGAUCUGCAAAUCCACACGUCAGCUGCCUGCGUGACGCUGAACCUCGGUGCGAACGUGUUGUCCAUUAUCACACAGCAGCAACAUCGCCGUACGCCCCAUCGCCAUCUGGCGGUGGCCGAUGGAAAUUGCAACGUGCGACUGCUCAGCAUUCCGGCAGCAUUUGCCGAACCGCGUCCGAGCGAGCGGAAACGUUUCCGGCAGCUGAUCAGGGCCGAGCUGGCCCGAAAGCACGACCAGGACGCUUGGGUGCAGCGCUACUACGAGCAGAACCGGGAACAGAUUGAGGCAAAACUGCGCGCAGAACGGGAGGCGCGCGAGCUGGCCGAACGACUCGAGGUGGAAAAGCAGGAGCACGAUGACUUCCUGCGCCGGCAGGCGAUCGAGGAGGCGAAGAAGAAGGCGCUGCGCGAUGCGGAAAAGCGUGUCGAUCUGAGCCGGCGGCUCGAGGGCCGUUGGCGGUCCCGCUACUACCGGGCACUCAUCCGCACGAUGAUGGCCCGCCGUCACCUUAGCCCGGAGCUGCUGGCGAAGCAGAUGCACCCGGAGCGUGAACGUCGCCGGUAUGACGUGCGGAAGCGGGCGACUAUCGGCGAGAGUGUUGCGGCCGCUCCCGAAGAUUACCGACGCGUUCAGACAUCGCUGGAACCGGGCGAACCCCGGGCUAGGGCGGUGCUGUCGCUGACGGAGAACGCUGCCCGGUUGCGGGAAACGGUGCGUGCCCGGUUUCGGGAGGAGCUGAGCGACUAUCCGCGCGUCAGCUGGGAAGCGAAGGAGGUCCUGCGUAACUUCCGCUUACCACUCGAGCCGGACAGUGUCGUCAGCAUCGUUGCGAAAGGACGCGCCCGACGGGAGCUGGUACUUUCGGACGACCACGGCAAUCUGGAGCAUCUGCAGUCGUACCUGGCGAAGCAGACGGCACGCGGUUCGGCCGGGGGAGAGGGCGGCAUGGACAGCCCAGCCAAUGGUGACGAAGCGGACACCACCGUUACGAACGUGAGCCCGGAGGCGCGACGCACCGUUGGGUUACAGCGUGCCCGCUCGGUGACGUUCAUUGACGACGUGCCGAAACCAAGUCCCGACCUGCAGGGUUAG